AUGUGUAGUAAAAUACAGGUAGCGACAUUCAUUGAAAGCUCACGAUACGAUACUAAGACACGCAGCUCUGACAAGCAGCUCCGAAAACGUAUUGCUGAAGACGACUACAAUCGCUUCGAGACUGCCAUGCACGCUGCAGCCAAAUGGAAUGAACGUCAAAAAUCCGAAGAGAGCCGUUUUCAAGCAUUCGGCGAUCGUCUAGGCAGCGGAGUAGAAAUGUCCAUUCAUCAUUGGCAGGGGGGAGAGAUUAUAACGGACCCCGCUCAGCUACCCAAAUCUUUAAAGCCUAGAAGAUUAUACUAUUCACCAAUUGGGGACGGAACAGUCGCAGCGGAUGGUAUAGAACUUAGAAGACGCCCUGUUGAUUUGUCGCCUCGUGUUACCAUUACGCAGAUGACGCACUUGGACCGUGGGCAGAAAGGUCAUGAUGGCCUUUAUGUUUAUGAAAAAACAUGGAAAAGCAGUGCCUUAUGUGAGUUAGUAUAA